GACCACAUAUCACAAAUGAAAGACUUGAUAAGAAACAAAAUCAUUUUCACACUACUAUAUCUAUCCUUCCAGACUAUUGUCUCGUACAUCCCUCAUAAGAAAAAAAAAAUGAUGAACCCAUUCACUAGUCUCUUUCUUUUUUCGCUCUCAGUGCAUUGUUUCGUAGCUUGCUUAGCUUCAAAUACAAAAAACAUCACCACAGAUGAAUUUUCUCUUUUAGCAUUCAAAUCCCUCAUUACUUUAGACCCCUUUAACAUUUUAUCAAAUAAUUGGUCAACUUCCUCUUCUUUAUGCAAUUGGGUUGGUGUCACUUGUGAUGAGAAACACAAUAGAGUCCAUACUUUGAAUCUCAAAAACAUGGGUCUUAGAGGUACCAUUUCCCCAAACUUGGGAAAUCUUUCGUUCCUCGUUAUACUCGACCUUAGCGGCAAUAGCCUUCAAGGUCAAAUUCCUAAAGAGAUUUUUUUGUUGCGUCGGUUGAAAGUUCUUGAUAUAAGUUAUAAUGAAUUUGUUGGAGAAAUUCCUACCGAGUUAGGAGACUUGACUGAACUUCAAAAUUUGUACCUUGGCAUUAACAAUUUUAGUGGUUUAAUCCCACAAUCUAUACACAAGUUGUCUAAGUUAGAGCAAUUUGAUUGUGCAAUAAAUUUGUUCCAAGGAAGCAUUCCACUUGUGAUUGGUCAACUUAGUCGGCUGGAAGUUUUGGAUUUAAGUUAUAACAUGCUGUCCGGACACAUACCUCAAUCAAUUACCAACUUAACUUCACUUCAAGAAAUGUAUUUGUCUUCUAACUACUUUUCAGGAGAAAUUCCAAAAGGGAUAUUGGGUGAUCUUAGUCAGCUGAGAACAAUGGAACUUGAUAAUAAUCAGCUUUCAGGCAACAUAUCAUCGAUAUUAAAAUUUAACAACUCAUUGUUACAAGAUUUUAAUCUUGGAUAUAAUAAUUUGUCCGGCAAUCUUCCAUCAAAUAUCUGUCAAGGGCUUCCAAAUCUUAGAUAUCUUAAUCUUUAUUAUAAUGAACUUUCUGGUGACAUGCCAACUAUUUGGCAUCAAUGUGAAGUGUUGGACGAAUUAGAGCUAUCAUACAAUAGUUUCAAUAAAGGACCGAUGCCACUUGGCAUCCGAAACAUGACCAAACUUCGAUAUCUUCAUCUUUGUGGCAACAACUUGGAAGGUAACAUUCCAUCUCUUUACAACAUGACUUCUUUAAGGGUGGUCAGAUUUGACGAAAACUAUUUAAAUGGAAGUCUACCAAAUGAUUUUUUCAAUCAGCUUCCUAAACUUGAAAAUUUUACUUUAUACUCCAAUCAAUUUCAAGGAAGCAUUCCACAAUCAAUUGGCAACUGCUCAUCAUUGAUAUUCUUGGGUUUAGCAGGGAACUUUUUCACAGGUUCGUUACCGAAGGAGAUUGGGUAUGUUGAUCAACUUAAGUUUCUAAUAUUGGCAAACAAUAGCUUUAGUGGCUCUAUUCCUUCCAAACUCUUCAACAUGUCAAAAUUAACAUACUUGCAUCUUGAACAAAACUAUUUCUCAGGCAUUAUUCCAUCAAAUAAGGGAUAUACCCUUCCUAGCCUACAACAACUACACUUGAGUCUAAACAAUUUUGUUGGAAAUAUUCCAAUUAACAUAUGCAAUGCUUCUAACCUCAUUCAAUUUCAAGUGAGUUACAAUUCAUUCAGUGGAACUCUACCCAAUGCUUUUGGAAAUUUAAGGUUCCUUGAAGGGUUUCUCAUAAAUGACAAUGAUUUGAUAAUACAUGAUUCUCUUCAAUUAUUUACUUCCUUGACAAAUAGUAGAUAUUUGAAGUAUUUAGAUGUAUCAAGGAAUCAUAUACAUUCCAAUCUUCCUAAGUCAAUUGGAAACCUAACUUUAGUAUCCUUUGGAGCAGAUUCAUGUGGAAUUGAUGGUAAUAUUCCAUUAGAAAUUGGAAACAUGACCAACUUGCUAUCUUUGAAUCUAAAUGGUAAUAAUUUAAAUGGAUCAAUACCUAGAACAUUCAAAGAGUUACACAAACUUCAGGUAUUGGAUCUUGGCUACAAUGGACUACAAGGAUCAUUUAUUGAGGAGCUUUGUGAGAUUGAGAGUUUGAGUGAGUUGAAUCUAGAAAAUAAUAAGCUAUCUGGAGUUUUACCAAAAUGUAUGGUAAAAAUGACUUCUCUUAGAAAACUACACAUAGGAUCUAAUAGUUUGAACUCUAGGAUACCUUCUUCUCUUUGGAGUCUCAAAGAUAUCUUAGAGGUGAAUUUUUCCUCUAAUAAUUUCAUUGGUAAUCUUCCACUUGAGAUUGGGAAUUUAAGAGCAAUUGUAUUAUUAGAUCUAUCAAGAAAUUAUUUUUCAAGCAACAUUCCUACAACAAUCAGUUUCUUGAAAACAUUACAGACUCUCUCUUUAGCACAUAACAAACUGUAUGGAUCAAUUCCAACAUCAUUUGAUGAUAUGGCAAGUUUGAUAUCUUUGGAUUUGUCUCAAAAUUUGUUAACUGGUGUUAUUCCAAAAUCCUUAGCAUCACUUCGUUAUCUUCAAUACAUCAACUUCUCAUAUAAUAGUUUACAAGGAGAGAUUCCUGAUGGUGGACAGUUCAAAACAUUCACAGCUCAAUCUUUCAUGAAUAAUGAAGCGCUUUGCGGCGAUCCUCGCCUACAUGUACCUCCUUGUGUUAAACAAGUUAAGAAAAGGUCAACUACAAAGAAGCUAUUAAUCAAAAUCCUAUUGCCUUUAAUUGUGUUUGUGUCGACUAUUUUAGUUGUUGGUUGCAUAAUACUUGUAAAACAUAAAAGGAAAAAGGUUGAAAAUAAUGUUGAAAGGGGUUUAUCAACUUUAGGAGCUCCAAGAAGAAUAUCCUAUUAUGAACUUGUGAAAGCAACUAAUGGGCUCAAUGAGAGUAAUUUACUUGGAAGAGGGAGCUUUGGCUCAGUGUAUCAGGGGAAGCUUCCUGAUGGACAGAUGAUUGCAGUUAAAGUAAUUGAUUUACACUCGGAGGCGAAAUCAAGGAGCUUUGAUGCAGAAUGCAAUGCAAUGAGAAAUCUACGACAUCGAAAUUUGGUUAAGAUUAUCAGUAGUUGUUCAAAUCUUGAUUUCAAAGCAUUGGUGAUGGAGUUCAUGUCAAAUGGAAGUGUGGACAAAUGGUUAUAUUCAGAUAACUAUUGUUUAAAUUUCUUGCAAAGGUUAAAUAUAAUGAUAGAUGUUGCAUAUGCUUUGGAAUAUCUCCAUCAUGGUUCUUCAGUACAAGUGGUUCAUUGUGAUCUAAAGCCUACUAAUGUGUUGUUGGAUGAAAAUAUGGUUGCACAUGUUAGUGAUUUUGGUAUUGCCAAGCUCUUAGAUGAAGGACAGUCUAAGACUCAUACACAAACUUUGGCUACUCUUGGAUACCUUGCACCAGAGUAUGGAUCUAAGGGAAUAGUUUCUAUGAAAGGAGAUGUGUACAGCUAUGGGAUUAUGCUGAUGGAAAUCUUCACAAGAAGAAAGCCAACGGAUGAUAUGUUUGUUGGAGAACUAAGUUUGAAAACAUGGAUCAGUGAAUCAUUGCCUAAUUCAAUAAUGGAGGUUGUGGAUUCUAAUUUAGUCCAACAAAAUGGUGAACAAGUUGAUGACAUAUUGACUUAUAUGUCAUCUAUCUUUGGUUUAGCCUUGAAUUGUUGUCAAUAUUCACCCGAGGCAAGAAUUAAUAUGACAGAUGUUAUUUCGUCACUAACCAAAAUCAAAACCUUGGUUCUUGGCGCAAGUGAGGUCUAGUUAUUUUCUUCUCUACAAGUAGAGGGAUUUUAUUUUUACAAUACUACAAGUGGAAUGUUAUUGAAAUGUAUUUUAAGGUAGUAUUUUUUUUUUUUUGUAAGUGUGGAGUGUUUUGAUUAAUUGAUUUUGGAGUGUUGUGUUUC